CUUUCUCUCGUAAAAUAUUAUUUAUCAAGUAAUUAUUAGAAACUUGGAAAUAUAUCAAAGUAAUUAAUAAAUACUUGUAAGUAUCAAAUAAUCGAACAAGGCAAGUAACUUGCAAGUAACAUAUUUUUGGACAAGUACUCAAAAUAACAAGUACUCGUUUCCGACAAGUCAAGUACUCGUUUUCAACAAGUCAAGUACACGUCCAAUUCAUUACUCGGUCAAGGCAAGCCAAUUAUCAAGUAUACGUAGAAAAACAAGUACCCGCCUUGAGCCCACCCCUACCCUUGCGAUGCCUUGUGCUACAGUUAGCUAUUGCUCUCUCACUUUUCAUAUCUACGAUUUGUUCCAGGUCUGAAAAGCCAGAAGCCAGUAUCGAUUAUUCAACUCUUAUACCUUCCCUCAACGAAGCAUUGCUGGAGGCUUGUGGCGCUUUCUCGGCAGAUCUUUUGCUAGUGAGAUAUCUCCAGCGCUUGGAGUCUAUAUUUACUGGCGUACCAAUCCCAUGCGAUGUUCUUUUCACGGAUCCUCUUUCCUCCGAGCUCAAUGUGCUAUCUCAUAUUCGUGAUCCUUUUCUCAGUUCCUUACACCAAUGGACCAAGAAAAAACUAUCUAUGAACUCAUUCUCUCGCGUUGUAGGGUGGUCGUUUAUUCAUUUUCUCGAUCCUCAGUGUCCCCGUUCCAUACAUUUUCAUAACAUUUCUGAUGUGACGAUAUUUGCUGCAUUAACACUGUCACUACGUAGCAACCCUCUUUCUUUGGUUGUCCGAUUGCCUCUUAUGCGGAAUAGGCAUCUUUACUAUCAAGAAAAGGGCGUGGAUUCUGUCCCCCUUACAAUUUGGAUGGUAAAUCAGGCCUCCCAGUCUAGUGUACAUGCAGGACUGAAAGCAUGGGUGCAUAACUUGUUACCACUACUACUAGUCGAUAAUAGCCAGAAGACUCAUCAGUGGACGGAACUCAUCCUGGAUAUUGUCGAGAAAAUUUUGGCGAAACCAGGGACUCUGGAAGAACUUGUAGGAAGUCCUUCUUGGGAGUCCCACGUUGUGAUUCCUAUUACUUCACUUAAGACCAUGCUGCGGGUUAGAUUCCCUGCUACCGAAGAAGAGGAUACAACGAGGAGGUUUAUGGAAAUUUAUCACUCGUUGAAGCAAGUAGCUCUUGCCGGUGCACAACUACGCAUGGAUCGCUUUGAGCGGUUAUUCACUGAUUCUUUGAGAUUAGCUGGAGAAUAAAAUCCUGGUGUAGCCAGGGAAGCUAUAGCAAUCGCUAUCUGGUAUCUGAGGACCAAUAUAUAAAAAGGAUGUCGGCUUCCAGCACUGGCACAGUCGCUUAGAAAAAGAAAUGAAAGCUAGUCUUGAUCUUCUCAGGACACUUGUAGAGGAGGAAUAUCAGCAUUCCCCCAAACCACUACCAUCAACCCAUGCAAAGGACAGAUUCAUUCAGCAGUUAUUCAUCGUUUCUUUGAAACUAGCUGGAAUAAAAGGUAUUACUUAGUAACAAAAACAAAAACCCCUGAUUCUUAAGAGUUUGUUACUACUAAUAUAAUGCAGGAGAUCCUGUUGUGGCCAAGGAAGCUGCAACAAUCGCUUUGCAUUUUCUGACCGAAAAUGAUGCUGUUUGCUGGAAGUGUUGGCGCUAUGUCAGUAAAAAGAAUCCACAUGCUAGUGUUUUUCUUCUUCAAACGCUUGUACACCAAUGGACUAAUGAUCAUUCCCUCAAGCAGCAGCUGUCAUCAUCAACAACCGAUGCAAUGAAACAAUUCAUUCAACAGUUGUUCAUGGUUUCUUUGACAUUAUUAGCUGGAGAAGGAAUACCUGUUGUUGUAGCCAAGGAUACUAGAAAAAUCGCUAUUUGGUGUCUGAUGGAAAAUGUUGAGUGCUGGAGGCACUGGGAUAAUCUUUAUAAGAAGAAUAUAAAAGUUGGUGUUGCUCUUCUCAAGACGCUUGUAGACGAGUGGAAGGAUCAUUCCCUUAAACUACCAUCAUCACCGACUGAUGCUGUCAUUCUCAGUCGCACUAUGAAGAGCUUCAGUCACCGAGUAAUGCCUCUUACUCGUCUAACUUCACUCUUGAUUUCAUCUCUGACCUUAACUUGUGCAUUGUUUUCUCGGAACAAGAAAGGCAUCACUGAAAGAGGAGAAAAAGCUUCUCUUUACAAAGAAGCUCACAAGUUCUGCAAAGUGAUAUCCCGGAAACUCACCCACGGCAGCAUUACUGUUGUGGUUCUAGUGACUGCAGUAACCACUGCUGCAUUUGUUCUGUUGUAUCUGAGCGUGUUUGGUUAUUUGAAGUAGAUGUAACUCUCUUGAGGGUCUCUCGUGUGUGGGAAUUUUGAGUACUGACCAAAGAGUAAUCAUUGAUUUUUUGGACCAGGAGUGGUUGUCACAUUCGAGUACUAACCAGAUAAAAAUACAAACAGAAACAGUUGCUUGGGAAGGAUUGUAAUAAAUCUAGUGACCUAACACUUAUCAUAUUCUUUAAAGAAUUUAUGAUGGUGAAACAGAGAA